GCAGUGGGUUAGAUCAACGGGUUUUCCAAUUUGAUUUGUCACCAUUUAACUUGACCUUGUAGUGGUUGCAUUUCAGUUUCCAAGAACUUAGGUAACCUACUUUAAAAUUGAAAGUAAUAUAACGACAACGAUUGGAUAAACUCGACUGAAUGAGAAUUUCAGACUAGCGUUAGGCGUAUCUAGUUUUCACCGAUUCCAGAAUCCAGUAGUGUGUUCAUUUAACUCAGUUUGUGGAGCAGCUUGAUUUAAUUUCUUUAGAAAAACAUCGUCUCAAACAGUCUUUUAGUGUCACUACAAGCAAGAAGGACACUUGAAGACGAUCUCGAGAGCGCCCCUCUGCGUUCCUGACACUUGGGUGGUCACCGAAUUGUUUACGGAUUUACAAUGAAUACCGCAUGUCUCCUGCUAGCUGCAUGUCUAGCUAUGGCUGCAGCUACGACACAAGAAAGAUGGGAGCUGUACAAACAAAAACACAACAAAAACUACCCGGAACAUUUGGAGCGUAUCAAGAGAGAGAUCUGGAGAUCAAACGUGGAACUUAUAGAAAAACAUAACGCGAGGUUUGCUCGUUCUUUGGAGAACUACACAUUAGGCGAGAACCAGUUUACUGAUGAGGACCCUUCGAUUUUAUACCAAGAUAACGAUUUCUACGAAGAAGAUGAACCAACACACUGUUCCAUGGUUUUCAAAAGAACACCAAAUAUCACAUUGCCGGAAGCCGUUGAUUGGCGCCCAAAGGGUUACGUCACACCUGUCAAGAACCAGGAACUAUGUGGAUCCUGCUGGGCAUUUUCAGCAGUGGGGUCACUUGAGGGUCAGCACUAUAAAGCCACGGGGAAGUUGGUCAACCUGUCGGAGUCCAAUCUUGUUGACUGCUCAGCUGAAUGGGGUAACGAUGGAUGUGAAGGAGGCAAUAUCGACCAGGCUUUCAGAUACAUAAUCGAUAACAAGGGCAUUAACACGGCUGAUUCAUAUCCUUAUACACCGAAGCAAGGACUAUGCAAAUUCAGCAAGAACUCUAUUGGAGCCACCAUGACAGGUUAUGCCUGCCUGCCUGCUGGAGACGAGGACGCUCUGAAAGAAGCGGUUGCUACGGUCGGGCCUGUCAGUGUGGCAAUAGAUUCAAGACCUCUUGAGUUUAAAUCCUACAAGUUUGGUGUGUUAUACUCGGCAUCUUGUAGUUCUACACGCCUGACACACGCCGUUCUUGUAGUAGGCUACGGCCGUUCGAAUGGCAUGGACUACUGGAUUGUCAAAAACAGUUGGGGCACCGGAUGGGGCGAUUCCGGCUACGUGUUGAUGUCCAGGAACAGGAACAAUAACUGUGGGAUCGCCACACAAGCCUUCUACCCAGUUGCAGGCGGCAAUACAGCUUUAGGCGAUACAGGAAACGCUGCCGUGCUCAAUGAAACAAACCUCAGAAUUUUACUUCUAGCUUUACUACUUGCAUACAGAAGCAUAGUGUUUAUUUUUUAAUCAUAUAACUUACCAGUGAAUAUAUAAAAAAUGGGUUUGUAUAAUAAAUUUAGUGCCCAUUAGUAGCAUUUGAUGUAGUGUUGGUGUAUUGCAAGGUAUCAAUUAAUGGGAGUAGUAAAGCAUUUAAAUGCAUCUUGCUUAACAAAUAGGAAAAAACUGACCAAGAUGUACAUCUUCAUUUACUUUAUGGUGUUUUUAAUUACUCUCUGAAGAAUUUUUAUUUGGGUCAUUUUUUUAAUUAUUUCACAGUCUUAACUAUUUGAAUAAUUUUUGGUUACGUUUUGUUUUUAUUUGACAUUAAAAUAAUAAAAAGUGAUAGUGGAAUAUAACGGUGAUCUUAAUUAAACUCAUUUGUUGGUUUGUUUUUGUAAGUUGUAAGUUUUUUUGGGUUACUAGUAUAGCUCUCUACCGCUAGGCCAUGCCGUCCCAUACAUCGUGGCAUGAUCGCAUAAAAAUUGUUACUAUUUAAACUGUUAUUACUGUAUUGAUUAUUAUUUAAUUACAGCUUUCUUCCCCAAUUAGGUGAGUAAAUUACUUAGUAACAGCUUUAAAUUUAAAUUCCCUCUCUUCAGCGUUUGGAGAAAUAUUUUUAGUAAUUUAGUUAUUUAUUUUACCUUUCAUCUAAUGUUAGAAAGCAUCGUACAGAGAUAUAUAAAAUAUUACUGCACUUUGUUUUUCUGUAUUCUUGUUUCUGCUGCUUAUUUUUUUAAAAGAGGCUGACAUAAAAGACUUACAAGUAUUUGAAAUUAUUUUAAAUAAAGAUGCUACAAGC